AUGGCUACCGCUAAGAAGACCGAAUGGCUCGUCAUCAUCCCCGACAAGGAGGGCGUUCAUGAGAAGAGGCUUGAGGUGAGGCCGAAGCACUUCGAGGGCAUUAAGUCGUUUGAGGAGUCCGGGAAGUUUAAGAUGGGAGGUGCCGUUCUCAACGAGGUCCCCAAGGACAACAACCCCCAGAACUUUAGCUUCUACGGAAGCACCAUCAUUGUCGUCGCCGAUACCAAGGAGGAGGUUCUUGACAUCAUCAAGAAGGAUGUUUACACCGAGAGUGGUGUUUGGGACUUUGAGAAGAUUCAAAUUUGGCCCGUUCUCCUAGCCUUCAGGAACCCAUAA